GGGGACGAUAGAGACGCGCCGCCUCAGCUGCGCGCGCCGGCUGACGAGAGAGCGGCAGGCGAGGAGAGCGGCGGGCGCGGGACCCUGCCUGGCUGGCUACGCAGCCCGUGCCCGGGACCCGGACCUGAGCGCAGAGGGUACGAGUCCCGCCCCUGCCCGGGCCGGAGCAGGGCCGGCCUCGCCGAGUCGCAGCCGCUCUCCGCUCGCCGCCCGUGUGCCAGGCCCCGGGCGAGGCGGCGGACGGAGCGGACGAUGGGUGACGAGCUCGACGGCGAAGGCCGGGCGUGCGUGGGGGGCCCCGUCCAGGACGGCCCCAGCGCGCCGGGCAGCCCCGCCGCCCCGGGCCCCCAUCAGGGGGAGGAGCAGGCCACGGGGGCCGGGGCCGCGGGACCGGGUGCUCAGCCGGGGCCCUACGGCUACAUCCGAGCUGGCCUGUUCACCUCGGAGAUCUUCAAGCUGGAGCUUCAGAACGUGCCGCGCCACGCCAGCUUUAGCGACGUCCGGCGCUUCCUGGGCCGCUUCGGGCUGCAGCCCCACAAGACGAAGCUGUUCGGGCAGCCUCCCUGCGCCUUCGUGACCUUUCGCAGCGCCGCCGAGCGCGACAAAGCCCUGUGUGUGCUGCACGGCGCCCUGUGGAAGGGCCGGCCGCUCAGCGUGCGCCUCGCCAGGCCCAAGGCUGACCCCUUGGCCCGGAAGAGGCAGCGGGAGGACCAAGGGGAGCCGCCUACCACCCCCGCCACGUGCAUUGCUGAUGUGGUGACCCCUCUUUGGACGAUGCCCUACGCGGAGCAGCUUGAACAGAAGCGGUUGGAGUGUGAGCAGGUGCUGCAGAAGCUUGCCAAGGAAAUCGGGAGCACCAACCGCGCCCUGCUCCCUUGGCUGCUUUUACAGAGGCACAAACACAACAAGGCCUGCUGCCCACUGGAGGGGGUCCGGCCAUCACCUCAGCAGACCGAGUAUCGGAACAAAUGUGAGUUUCUUGUUGGUGUUGGGGUGGAUGGGGAAGACAACACAGUCGGCUGCCGGCUUGGCAAGUACAAGGGCGGGACGUGUGCUGUGGCAGCCCCCUUCGACACCGUGCAUAUCCCUGGGGCCACCAAGCAGGUGGUGAAGGCUUUCCAGGAGUUCAUCCGGUCCACUCCCUACUCGGCGUAUGACCCGGAGACAUACUCGGGUCACUGGAAGCAGCUGACCGUGCGCAUCAGCCGCCGUGGCCAAGCCAUGGCCAUUGCCUACUUCCACCCGCAGAAUCUGAGCCCUGAGGAGCUGGAGGGGCUGAAGGCUUCUUUGGCACAGCACUUCAUGGAGGGGUCAGGCAAGACCAGCGGGGUGACUUGCCUCUACUUCGUGGAGGAGGGACAGCGAAAGACCCCCAGCCAAGAGGGCCUGCCUCUGGAGCACGUGGCCGGGGACGAGUGCAUCCGCGAGGACCUGCUGGGGCUGACCUUCCGGAUUUCCCCUCACGCCUUCUUCCAGGUGAACACCCCUGCAGCUGAGGUGCUCUACACGCUCAUCCAGGACUGGGCCCAGCUGGACGCAGGGAGCACAGUGCUGGACGUGUGCUGCGGCACCGGCACCAUCGGCCUGGCUCUGGCCCGGAAGGUAAAGAGAGUCGUGGGGAUCGAGCUGUGCCAGGAGGCUGUGGAGGACGCCCGGGUGAAUGCCCUGGACAACGAGUUGAGCAACGUUGAGUUCCAUUGCGGGAGGGCCGAGGACCUGGUGCCUGCACUGGUGAACAGACUGGCAUCCCAGCAGCUCAUGGCCAUCCUGGACCCACCCCGCGCCGGUCUACAUUCCAAAGUGAUCCUGGCUGUCCGCAGAGCUGAGAACCUCAAGCGACUCCUAUAUGUCUCCUGCAACCCCCGAGCAGCCAUGGGCAACUUUGUGGACCUCUGCAGGGCCCCGUCGAACCGGGUGAAGGGCAGUCCGUUCCGGCCAGUUAAGGCUGUGGCCGUGGACCUGUUCCCGCAGACCCCACACUGUGAGAUGCUCAUCCUGUUUGAGAGAGUGGAGCACCCCAAUGGCAUGGGGGCCCUAGAGCCCCAGGAUCCUCCUGUCCAGCCCCCACCAGGGCCCCCAGGUGACACCCCACCAGAAACCAGGGCCUCCCCUGCUUCUUAGUUCUCUGGGGCAGCAGAAACCAGCCUUUCCAGAACAGCACCCAGACUGCAUCAUGGGCAGAAUCCUGGGGCUCCCCAAGUCCUUGCCCUGCCCGGCCUGGCAUACUCAGGCAGUAGCCACAGAGGGUACAAAACCCCUGUCCCCGUGGGCUCCUGUGGCCUGCUCUCCCCUCACCCCCAAAAUGGGCCGCAAGGGCUGGAAUAAACAAGUGCUGAACUACCAAUGUUUGUGAUAAGAACUCAGAGCCUGGCACACAGGGACUCUCUUCUACUCUCACCACAGGUGCAACGGGGCAGGGCCAGGAGCGCUCAUAAGAACUGGCCCAGUUGGAACAGUUCUCCCAGCUCUUCGCGUGGCCAAAAGUCCCAGUGUCCCAGCAGAGAGCCUGCUGUCUGACAAGAGACACAGGCCUUGUGGCCAAGGGCCAACUGUACACAUGGUGUGGGGAGCACAGAACGAGAUGCUGCCCUACUGCCCUUCCCCACCCUCAUUGCAGUCCCAUCCCCAAAGGGACAUACCUCCCAGUGACCACAAGAGCUAGGGGUGGGGUUGGGACACCGCUCAGCUGCUCUGGCCUUCAGGGCAGCUCUAGCCAAUUAAGGACCACCCCAUGGCCAGAAGAAAGACAGACCAGCCAUUUCCUUUUGGACAUUUUGCUUUAUGCUUUCAGACAAUCAAGGCUCACCCCUAUAGCCAUGGCCCAGCUGCCACCUGGGAGGUACACAAAGGGUGGUGGCCACUCAAAAGUGGCCUCAGCAUAGGCUCCCCCUGCCCUCUGCCCCCUCAGUACGGCUGUGUUCACAGGAUACUUGCACCCAUACACGGGACAGAGGAAGGACUCGGGGAGGCCUCAGUGAGGCUCACCUGCCUCCAGUGUGCACAAAGCUUUGGUUCGAGGUGGUGCAUCUGACUGUUUUAAGGGCAAACAGUUAUAGUCAAAUGGUUAUUCACAACUACAGACGGGGCAGGACAGAAGCAAGUGUGUAAUUAUAGCAACUCGAUUUGCGGACUCUCUUUUACAAAGGUCGGCACAGGCGCCAACCUCAGUCACGGUGGGUGGCAGGGCAUAGAGAAUACUGUCUCCUGUAAAAACACCACCCACAGGGGAGGUGUCAAGCACUGUGCCAUGAGCACACGGUGCCCUGAACAGAUGCCAGGGGCGGGGAGCCAACGGCUCACAACCAACUUGGACUGCUGGGACUCAGUGGGAACAAAUCUACCCCACACCUGUCCAUAGGGGCCACCUAGUCACCUGGCUGCACCAGACGGCUGCUCUCAAAACCCAGUGCCGCCCCAACAUGCUCGCACCAGCUCUGGACAGGAGCACCAGCAUGUGAACACACUGCACUGAGGGUCCUCGUUUCCUCUCAAAUCCACGAGCUAAAAUGCAUUAACCGUUCACAUCUGCUACGUGAUUCCAAAUCUAUCUUCUACUCUCACUGUAAAAGUUUCUUUCCAA